AUGGAAGACCUGGAUUUGACAGGCAACGCAUUUAAUAUCGCUCUUCAAGUCUUCUUCAUACCAUUCGUUCUGCUAGAAGUGCCGAGCAACAUUGUGCUGCGCAAAGUACGGCCAUCGCUGUGGCUCUGCUCUUUAUGCUUCUUUUGGGGGAUUGCUUGCCUUUGCCAAGGUUUUGUGAAGAGCAAUGGCAGUCUCAUCACAUGUCGUGUCUUGGUCGGAGUCUUCGAAGCUGGAUUUACGCCAGGAUCUUACUACCUGAUGUCGAUGUAUUAUCGCAGAUAUGAGCUCCAGCGAAGGGUCUCGAUCUACUGGUGUGCGGGCGUGUUCUCGGCAAGCUUUGGAGGACUUCUAGCUUAUGCGCUUGCGCAGAUGGACGGUAUGGGAGGGCUGGCGGGCUGGCGAUGGGUCAUGAUCAUGGAAGGUCUGCUCACCGUGGUUAUAGUGCCUCUUGUCUAUCUCGCACUCGCGGACUGGCCUGAGCAGGCAACUUUCCUCACAUCAAGCGAGAAGCAGCAUAUCCACUGGAGAAUGGCGCAAGACAUCCCGACGACAGCCAGAAUGGAUCGUUUGGAUAGACAAGCGUGGUUGCGCAUUUUGAAGGACUGGAAGCUGUGGCUCUGGGGCAUCAUGUACGUGGGUAUCGGCGUCUGCAUCUAUGCAACGGCAUUGUUCCUUCCCAGCAUCCUCUUCAGCCUAGGGUACAGCGGGAUUCAGGCCAAUGUGCGCACCAUUCCCAUAUGGCUGGUUGCCGGUGUGGUCACAAUCGUCGUUGGUUUCGGAUCAGACUGGACGAAGCACCGGUGUGGCUUCAUGGUGCUGAGCGCAAUGGUGGCCCUGGUCGGACUCGUGAUCCUCUUCUGCCAGGGCGACACGCCUACACCACUUGUACCAGAUGCAGGCCUGGAUGUCGGUGUCCGCUACAUGGCGUGUUUCUUCAUCGCAGCCGGCACCAACAUUUUCGUUCGCAGCGAGGCGCCGAGGUACUUCGUUGGCUACGGCGUGUGCAUUGGGGCAAUGUCACUCCAGAUCGUAGCCACGGGUAUGUUCGCGUUGGGCCUGCUUUGGGAGAAUCGGGAGCGCGAUCGCGGCGAGAGGGAUGAUAGAAGGCUGUUGCCGGAGAGGGAAGCACAGAAUCUUGGUGACGAUGAGCCAAGCUACAGAUUCACGCUGUAG